AUGACUGUUAUUGAUACCAGCCUGGACAGUAUUCAGAAUCUUGUGGAAAAACUCGAUAAUCCGAUCGAUGAAAUUAGAUUUCGGGCAUUGGCUGCGAUUUCCUCAAAGUUGCAACGCGAGCUGCUCGUCCCUGACGAACGAACUUCAGUUGCUCUUGCUGAGAAAUCAUUAGAUUGGUUGAAUAAGUCGCCACUGCUGAACUCUUUGGAUAUUUUGAAAAUUCUUCAGUUUUUGGUCGCUAAAGAAUCUGUUAGACAAACUGUCAUUCGUGCUAGUGGAUUGGCCAUCUUAGCCAGGGUUCGAAACCAGCUACCAGUUACUUCAAUUCGCGACCUCAUCGAUGACAUUUUGAGACUCAUUUCCGGUGGGGAGAUCUUUGCGCCAGACUCUUCUCAGCAUGUCGUCUUUCAACAACCCGCAAAAUGGAUACAACCCUCUGGAUAUUUUAACUUUACUGGGUCAAGCAUUCUCUCAACCACCUCUGCAUUUUCUAAUACUCAGAGCCAGAGUUGGAAGUGGUUUCUUCGCUCCAAAGAACCAUAUAUUUUUCCUUCAUGCACUUCCAAUUCAAACGUAUGCGCAGUUUAUGAUGUGCUGUCUCACUCGCAACCUUCAACUUCCAUCUCACAUUUAUCAGCUAAGCAUGUGUUCUCCUUCCCGUUCCUCCCGCUGACGAAAACGGACAGUGACGUGAUACGGGCAUCCUUAGACUCCAUCAAGUCCACGGAUCCUGAGGUGGCUUUGACGGGAAUAAAGUUUUUUCAAGAUGUUGUAUUGGAAGAUUUUGUUGCGGAAAUAUUUCUGCAGCGGCCAGCCAUCACUGAGACUUUGCUUCGUUUACUCACUUGUGUUGAAUCCUCUUUGGCCAUUGGAGCUGCAGAUGCAUUGACUUGUUUAUGUGAGAAGGUGAUCAAUCGCGUUUACUUUCAUUUAGACCCGAACAACUAUUCCACCGCUUUUGGUACCUCUCCGCCUUUCAUUUGGGAGCGCUCUUACACUGAUACAGUAUCUAACCGAAUCUCAUCAUCUCAAAACACCAGCAACCCAGCAACUACAUCAUCCGCACCCAGUACAUCCAUUGUUCCCGGUUCAACUCACCAUCUUCCAAGUCUUCCUUGCGCUGUCUCCGAGUUGCGUUCCCACACGGACGAGGCUAUCGAACGUCCGUGCAGUUUCUCUAUACCUGAUUUUUGUAUCGAAUUACUUCGUGAGGUCGGUUGUGGACUGCUCGCUACGGUCGACCAGCAGGGAUCUGGUGGCGGACAUAACCCCUUACAGGGCGAACAUAGUAAUCGUCGGAAGUUCAAUAAAUCGGAAUCGAAACUGAACUUGGAGGCGAAGCUGCUGCAACUCAUGUGGUUAUCCAUCCGACUACUUUUGGUCAGCACUUCACCGAUUGAGCUGGCGAAACCCAUGCUAAGACGCGAAAAACAGUCUACCACUUGGAGUACGCUGUGGAAUUGGAUGUUUCAGGCCAUCCCACUCGAUAAGGAUGUCUUAAAUCCUUACGAACUACCCAAAGGUUUUCCAACCUGUUUGGAACCGUGGAGCCAGCUGCUUUCUUUGUUGACUUGUACUUGGAACGACAGCCCAUUGUCUGGUCACUCUUCUGUCGGGUGGAAUUUUGCGGAAAUUACGAAACAAACUGCAUCCGCGUCUCUUCCACACACCAUCAGUAGGCACGUGUACUUGACAGCUUUAGGCAAUCUGUAUUACCUGAUCUCGUCCCUGUUCACUCCAGAAACCGCCCUCUGUAUACUUCCAGUCGAUUUGCGCAAUCAACUGUCGCUAUCCCUUCUGGACAUCGGAUUGCUGUUCCAAUCGGAGAGUGCUUCAGGCGAGUUAGAGGGAUAUGGAUUACCUGCGUACGUUGCGUUAUUUAAUGCAGGGAUCUUCAAGACUUGGCAACUGUUGACUCUGCUAGGUCAAUCUAUGACUCAACUCGUCAGGUUUCUAUCUGCAGUUGAUUCUUUGGAUCCGAGUGAUGGAAGCAAGAUGCUUUCUGAGGAAACUCUCAAUCUUGCUGUUGAGGGCCUCGAUUCCGUCGACAUCGUUGGGUCCAAUCGCUUUGCGUCCGAGUUCGUCCGCUUUCUAAACAAGCUGUCCAUGAACGACUGUCGCCUGACCUCCACAGUUUUGUGGCGUGGCCAACUUGUCCUCCUCCGUUUGCUUAGCCAUCCCAUUGUUUCAGUUCGAAAGGCCGCGUUUACUCAGCUACGUGAUGUGAUACAGCAUGCUACUGAUCCACGCGUUGUCUCCGACCCGUUACAACAAGUUAACCCCUUAGAAUUCGUCCUGCGGGAUGAGGUAUUGUGUGAACUCCUCGAAUUCGGAUUGACGGAUGAUUGCAUUGAAAUACGUACUUUGGCCGAGCAGCUUUUGUGCUGUUUACUAGACUCAUAUGAUUACCUCCCGCAAUCCAGUUGGCGUACGUUGCGUAGACUGUGCAUGGAACCGGCAUCUUCGAACACUGUUGGGAUUCGCUAUCGUCCUCUGAACAUCAUUCUUGGCGUAUACGCAACUGCUGAGUCUAGCUCGACUGCACCCACAAGCUUUGGCAAAUUGGCGUUGGAUUGGUGUCUCGGCCACAUGACUCCUGCCGGACGAACCGCAGCAUUCACGGAGUGCUUGCAGUCUUCUGCCGAAGACACCGAGAUUACUGAACACACUUCGUCCAUCCAAUCCUGUUGUCGUCUGCUCUUUCAUCGUAAUCGUGCAGUCCGUUCAGUAGCCGGGCUGGUCAUGGCACGGCGUUUACGAAAAUUUGUAGCAUCGCGAGCAAGCCCCAGCGCUGGCACCUCUUCUUCCCUGCUGGAUGCCAGACUGGUCACUGGUAUGAGUACCGUGGUAGAAGUGAGCGAGGCUAGCGGGACAAACACUCGUCAGACAAGCACUCCAGUCGAGUUAUGUUGCGCGGAUGGCCAGCUAAUUCCAGCCCUCAUCGAUUGCCUCAUAUAUCCUCAAGAUGAAACGGGAGCCUCCCAACCACUCCCCUUCGUUUUGGACCACAUCGAUCGAAUUGGAUGUGAACCGACAGACACGGAACAAGUAGAUGGCCUUGUACGGGUUGUGCGUGUUUUCACCGAUGAUCAAGCUGAUUUGAAUGUACGUCGAGCUGCUGGCGAACAGGCUCUCAUGCUUGCUAAACAUCCCGGUGCGGCACUAGCGUGGUUGUCCAAUGAAGGACUCACCCACUUCACUCAGUGGCUCUCCCGUCUCUUACACAGCUGGCCUUCAACUAGCACUAAAGUUGUCUCUCCCGAACUCCCCAAACCCACCGUGACCUCAGUUUCCAUCGCUCGGGUGCUAUUACCUGUAUCCGUCCGUAUCUUACGUUUUGUUGCCGUAUGGAGCACGGCUGGCCGCAAACAUAUGGCAAGCGACAAGGAGUUGAUAUUAAAUCUUCUUUACUUGCGUCUUAUUUCUUCUGGAUCCGGUGGAUUGCAUGAAGAUUUAAUGAGCUUAAUGGCGUUGCUGCUCUUUGAUCCGGUGGUACGCGAGGCCGAAGAAUGCCCGAUUUGUCUUCCUAAUGCAGUUUUCACUGGCUACCUGAUUCCAUUUACCUGUCCGACGUAUUCCUUGCGCUCGCAAUGGCGUGAGCUUGGCUCUUCGGGGACCGUUUCACACAGUCCCUUUCAGCCCCUUUUGGAUCUCCUGUCUGUGUCAAAUUCCGAUGAACAGACUCGAAUUUUCCAGUCCAUGAUCAGACGCGGUUUCCGCAUAUGUUGGUCGUUCGCAUCCCACGGUGGUUUGGCCUCUUUUAUAAAGCAUACGCUGUCCGUUCUAGGCGUUCUUCCUUCUGAUUGUGUUCAGGUUGACUCCGAUCUGGUUGAUAUUUGUUUCAAACGCUGCCGCGAUUACACCCCUUUUUUAGGCCAGUUGUCCAUGUCCAGCAGCGAUUUGAGCCUCGUUCUGUUCAGUCAGUGGGAUGCCAGUGUUCUCCUUUGCCUGGCUGCCGCCCAACAUGCGACCAAUCACGGGUCACUUGUGAAAGCGAUCUCUAUUCUUCACCGCUGUUGUGCAAUGUGUGCAUGCGCCCCGGCAUCUGGGUUCGUCUCGGAUAUGCUCAACUCAACGUCGUCGUGUUGUUGGUGGUCUUGCGGACAAUUGGAGCGCUUCCUAUCUACCUUACCCGCUUGCUCUGCGGAUUUUCAACUUCUCACUUCGUUACUGCAUGCAAUUGAACAGACGGGCCUGUUGUCUUCCACUCCGUUGUCUAUCUCCUUCGGCACGACCUUAGAGCUCUGUCAAUGGUUGUUUCGGAUGCUCGUGGAUGACCGCGGCGCUCUGUCAUACUGCUUAUUGCAACCAAGUGCCGGCGUUGGUGAAACUGACAGUCGUCGACUCAUUUCCGCCAAACGACACCUGGUCUACUACCAUUUGCCACGUCUUCUGUAUCAGCUGACGGAGCGGCUCGCGUCGUUGGAACGAAGUUCCUCAGAAUUCCGUCGCUUUUGGUCAGCCAAGUCACAUUGUGACCAUUCGGGAACCGAUGAAUCUGCUCCCAAUCGUUCACCAUGUUCUACACCAACUCAAUUCUUCCGGAUUUGUCUUCGUUGGAGUCUCAACGCACUGGUACAAUUCACACUAACCCCGUUCUCCGACCUCGUGAGACUGCGAUUUGUUCUCGGAGUUCUAUGCAAUCUCACUUCCUCUGCUCUCUGGAUGUCGGAAUUCGAUCUCCUAUGGCUGCCUGAUCUGUUGAUUGUUUCCACUCACCUGCUCACACGAUUCGACUCAGGCCGUGAGGAAGCGAACGCGUCUUUCAUGGGCCUCGGCUCUCUGCGAUUGUUGCUUUUAUUGAUUAACCAAGUCCUUCAGCAGAUUUUGGAGCAACCGACUCUUCUGGACUUGAUCGUAUCAGAGAAUCAAUCCUUGAACUUAUCUGGUAAUGUGCCCUCAGACCUCAGUGACACCUUACCUCGGGCACCCUGGUACACAGGAGAAUGGAUUUUACGCUGUCUAGUCUACCGGUCGGUCGAGGUUCGUAGUCUAGCCCUGUCGCUCCUCGGUCGAAUUGCACUGGUUCCGAUCUGGGCCAAAGGAUUCAGCACACAUUCUUUAUCGGCCGAAACUCGUGGCAUGCUCUUGGCGCAUGGUCUUGAUGUGCCUUCUUCGGGCGGUCGGCUGUGGGCAAUCGCGCUCGCGGUGUUACUCAAUCGCAAAGAAGCCAUUCUUUGUCGGAUUCAGGCACUUCAGUUGCUUACAAAUUUGACUUCGAUACCGAUCGAUCCGCGUGAUUCUGGUAUCUUUCUACCUCAAAUUACGGAUGCGACUUCGCGGCAAAAUAUAACUUCCGAACAAUUACGACCAACUCCUUUGACUGAGAACCUCGCACCAGCCGAAUCUGUUGAAUUAUCAGCUAUUCGCCAGCAUAAUGUUGUCACUGCUAGCAAUCAUGGACAGGAGCAUGGUGUACUGUGGCCAGCUGCCGCUCGUGGACUUGUUGCUGAAGGGGAUCGUCCCUCCGCGAUUUCGGAAAGCGAUGAUCGUCAAUCAAGCGUCAUUGACCUACGAGAAUUAUUUGAUUCUGAAAUCGGUUCCAGCGAUGUGCAACAACGUUUUUCAGCGUUGGUCGAUUACUUGCGCCCCUUGUUUGAGAAUAUUCACGUUGAAACAAAUGAAACUGCACGUAUCAGACACAGUCAGCGUCACACUGGUACGGGCUCUUCUCGUUUUGAACGCCCAUGGCUACUGCACACGAUGCCAAUUCCUCGAGAUACCUUGUUGCCGUGCUACUAUGAUUCCAAUUGUGGGCUACAUUUGCUUGGACUACCUGCUUUGCAUCAGUUGCUAAUCACCCGAAGCGUUUUCCUUGCAUUGCACGAAAUUCUCUCGUCCUACCUUCCGCAACCGCUGCUGGAUCCUCUGCAUUGGAAUCAACUGGUUGGCGUCACGACCUGUCUCACUUCCACCAUCGUGGACACCACGGAGUCAUCUACCCCGAAUCAUCAAUCCGCCUUUGGUCAUUCUCACCCUACGAGCAUUCAGACGCAAGAUUUGCACCCGAAAAUCUUGUGCACUCCUUUAAUGGUCACAGCGGUGUGCCAGUUGUUGUCUAACUUGUUGCAUCAAUUGCCAAAGCUAGUUCUGGCCGAAUCGUCGAGACUGCGGAUUAACUCCCUCCUGAUGAACAUUGUGGAUCCAACUCUUCUUGAAGCCUUCCUGACAGCCAACUCCGCAGCUAGUUGCCGCACCUGCUCAAACAACGGUCGUGUGUGCAUGGAUUCUUGGUCUACAACAGCGGGACAAUUGAUAUCCGCUUUUUCUGCUUGCUUACGUGUGUUGCGUUGCCAAGCGGCAAUGCAUAAUGCGUUUCGAGCACAGCUUGCUUCAGAUGCACGCUUCUUGGCUCAGCUGAUUCGUAGUCUGAAGUACACAGAUUCCAUCGACCUGUUGGCUCCUUUGUGGCGUGAACUAUUCGUGCUGCUCACUUACGUUCUGUUACCAUCGGACGACACCGAUGCCGAUGAUCUCCGGUUCCGCUUGAUCUUGCAGCCGCUUGCAUCUCAGGUGGAUGCGGUUCUUUUGAUCGCUCUCGGCAUGAUGGACCGAAGCGAGUCAGAGUUGGUCGGUCAGUGCGAUUCACCUCAACGGAAAAAUGACGCUUAUUACUGCAAAAUUUCGCGGUCGACUCUCGACUUCAUCACCGUGGCUCUUUCGUGCCACCGGCCGCUGUCCUCCAAUCCCAUUCUGCUCAAGAUGGAAUCGCAGGCAUCCUCUACUCAGACCUUGGUGGCGUCAUUCACUCGACGCCUAAUCUCUUUGACCUCCGCUAAUUCAUCGGACAGCCAGCCGGAUAAAUUGGCCAAUUCUACCAAGCGCCCUUUUGUAGUACACCUCACCACCAAGCUGCCGGCCAGCUUUACAAGCUAUCGCCGCGCCUUGUUGGCUACACUGCGCACGUUGUUAGGUGUGUGUCGUUCUGCCAAAGCUGUUGCUCUUGAAGAUAAUCUUUUGGAACAACUGAUGCUGAACAUGAAGCUCGUUCAGGCCAAGAUGGACUUUUGUUUCUUGUCCGCGCAAACUGGUACUCCCACCAUUGAACGUCGGCACCAUACUACUUGGACAUGGAACACACUGUCAGAUGAUCUGGUCUCCAAAAUGGAAAUCGUGCAUAACUUAAUCUACGUUUACUCAGAAGCGCGAAGGCGAGUUGUGGAUGCUGGAUUUGCUCAGUUCACUCAGCGCCUAUGGCCUCUCGCUCUACAAGACGAUCGUAUCCUUCACUCUCUCCUUUCUCUGCUAACCAAUCUCACUGCGGAUUGCCCGUACGCGAGCGCAUCCCUCGUCAGUAAUCCGAACGCUAUCCCCUCCGGUUCGAUCAGUAAGGUGGCACAAGAAGAGCGAUUCUCACAGGCAGCCAGGGAUCGAGGCCCAUCUGGUGCUAUGCUCUACCGAGGUCAGUCGACACCCACAUCUGGAAUGUACGAUGCGCCGGGUGCGUCUGCAGCCGUUCAGUCUUUGGUACAGCUUUUAUAUCGCCUUGUGCAUCCCAUGCUAUCCCAUGGAUCUGUAGGUAACACCGCCACUCAACUCUCUUCAUCCCGAUUCUCCACCUCCACUGGAAAGCUGUCCCCAGCACCACAAUCGAUAAACGAAGUGACGCUGCGGUUCGUCUUUCAGCUCUUAGCUAACAUGAUGUGGGCUGCGGAGGCUCGUUGUGCAUUACUCAAGACCAAACUACUACAUCACUUCACCGAGUUGGACACGCGCGUAAUGUGCAAAUCACGCCGUGGACAAUUCACUUUGACCCUGUGGCUUCAGCUUCUGGUCAGUUUAUCCUUCACACGAGAUGGACAACAGAUCUUGUUCGGUCAAUCUCGUAUACCGGAAGUGCUGGUGUCUUGUGUAUCACAUAGCAAAGGACACAACCGAGAACGAGCCUUGCUGGCUAUGCGAAAUUUGUGCACUAGCACCACACUCAAGAGUCAGCUGCUCUCCGGAGAUUCCCAAAUGCUUGGAUGCAUCAACGACAUACUCAUCUCCAUGACGCAGAAUGAGCAAUGUUUGGACGCGGUCUCACUGGCAGUUAGCUCUCUGUUGGCUCUCGUCUAUGGCAACCAAAAGGUUCGUGUCCUAAUUCGUUCUGCUGGCUGUCUCCACCUACUAACGAAUAUAUGGUCGGCGUGUCAAAGACUUCCGGAUUCCAUGGAUCUCGUCCCCAAAAUACAAAAACUGAUUGCGCAACUACAGAAGUAAUCAAGGUGAUGGAAUAUACUCAUUCCAAGCCAAGCAUUUAUGGAUCAGCCUCAUUUUUGACCUUUGUCAGGGAACUCCCCACUAUAUACGGAAACAAUAAAACCAUACUUUGCUU